AUGGAUCAGUCCCACAAGCUUUCUUCCUUCAGUUGUGAACUGAGAAUAAUACAAGCCCAAAAUGUUGAGGCCAUAAAGUCAGCAAGAAACUUAUUUGCUAGGUUAUAUCUUCCUUCAGGGAACAACAAAAGAAUUCAACUCAACACCAAAAAAGUUUCCUCAAAUAUCAAUCAUGUUCCCUUUUGGAACGAGUCCUUUAGCCUAGAUUGUUCAUGUCCCCAAGAAUUCUUGGAAAGCCUCAAGAAGGAAAGGCUUGUGUUGGAGCUAAGGCAAAGCAAGAUUUGGGGGUCACAUGUGGUGGGAAAGGGUGAGAUUCCUUGGAAGGCAAUUCUUGAAUCACCAAAGAUGGAGUUGAAGGAAUGGGUGAAGAUGGAUUUGGUGAGUGGAAGCAGUGACUGUGAUGAAGAUGGUGUUAAUUUCAAGGCACCAGAAGUGCAAGUGGAGAUUAAUAUAGAGAACAAGAGUAACAGGAGAAAGAGAUUGACCAAAAAGUGGGACGAGUGUGGAUGCAAACAUGGGCAUGAUCUAAAUGCAUGGUGCAGCGCUGAAGAUUAUGAUAUAUUGGCUUUAGGAGCAGUUUUGGAGGCUUUUUGA